CGCAUUUGAAUGAUUUCUGAAAUGACUCCAGGUUCAAACCAGAGCCUGCCAAUCUCCAGGAAAGGGAUUGAAAGGAAUUGCUUUGUGAAGAACAAACACACACCACAAUCUGAAAGGAUCUUACACUUUUCAGGUUCAGGAACGAAGGAACAAAGAAAAAAAUCUCCCAGCUUCAGAACCUGCCUGGCAUUUUGCUUCAAGGACCGGGUGAGGAUGGAACAAAGGGAAUCAUCAGUGGACUCAUACUCCGAAAAGACUUACGGGAGACUGAGGGAACUGGCCUCAAAGUGGUUCAUAGAGACUCAAGUGCCAUUCAUCGCCCACAAUGGAUUCUUCCCUUCAUGGUUUCUGGGCUUUAUCACGAGACGAGAUGCUGAAGAGAUACUCAGAGAAAAGGAGCUGGGCUGUUUCCUGAUCCGCCUCAGUGAUAAAGCCAUUGGAUACAUACUGUCUUAUAAAGGCAGGAACCGGUGUCGGCAUUUUGUGAUCAACCAAAGUGCAUCAGGGCAGUUUGCUGUCUGUGGAGACACCGCCGGACACGACACAAUCUUUGACUUAAUAGAGUACUACAAGACCACUUCCAUUCAGCCGUUUGGAGAAUUGCUGACAUCUUCGUGUUUUGAGGCGCUGAAUGAAGGUCUGUAUGAUAUCAUCAAGGUUAGCCCGAAAGAAAAACCUGCUGCCACCAUCAGAGAUGUGAAAAAUGAGAAAAAACAACAGUCAGAGCAGCCUCCUACAAGGCCACCAAAAACUGUCAGGAUACCAGAGGAGGUACCACCCUUGCCUCGCAGGAGCAGAAACCUUGAUGCUGCCCCGCUAAACAACCGGGAUGUUUUAUAUGCUCAGCUCAGGAAACAGUCACCCAGGGAGAAACCAAGAUCCCAACACCUCCCUCAGGACAAUACAGAAGCAUUUAAGGACAUGAGUACUGUUACUUCUCUGUCUGGACCUGGCUCUGUUUACCCUCAGCUGAGCCUGCUGGACAGCAAGAGCAGAUCUUUACCUCUUCUGGAUGACAGCUCUUAUGGAGAGAAGUCUUACAGGCUGAGUGCACCUCCACACACGCCACCAAGACUUUCCUCAAGGCCUGCCGGACAAGGAGGGUCCUGCAGCCCAAAGCAAGAGACGACAGACGUGUGCAGCAGGCCGAGAAGCUGCCACAGCCUGGAGCUCCAAAGUGACGGUGCUGUUUAUCACCUGGCUGGCAGGCCUGGUAGUCCUCAUACUGCAGCAUCUGAGCCAAGGUCAAUGAUAUCAGAGCACCACCAUGAGUCAGUGUAUGCUGAGGUCACCACUGAUGCUCUGGUUUGCCAGAACCUUCGUUGUAAUCCGUACGAGCUGAUUCCUGAAAAUGAAAACUCUGACCAACCCAACAGCAACACUUAUGAGCCUCUUGAGGACAUCAGACCCAAAAAUAACCACUGCUCCUGGGGGUUAAAGAACGACAAGUGGAAAUGGCUGUUCCCUGACGUCAAGAGAAAGUGGUGAAAACAUUGCCCUGUAAGGACCUCAAGAAAUAUUAACUAAUUUUGCUUUAACACUAAUAUCUGGACUUUCAAAUAACUAACAACCGCCACUUUUUCAAAUGACUGGCAUGUGCCCACUUGUUCAUAACUUAUAAAAUUAUUAUUCUAUGUAUUUAUUUAAAAUGAUGAUGCAGUAACAUUCACUUUUACACAUUA